AUGGCGUUCACGGCCGACACAUUGCGCGAGUCGACCAUGGGGAAACUGCGUGGCUACGACUUCUACCGCGCCAUUGGCUCCCCCAGGUGUAUCGUAGCGCCAAUGGUAGAUCAAUCCGAGUUGGCCUUUCGAAUGUUGUGUCGGACGCUCGGAGCCGACUGCUGUUACACGCCCAUGCUUCACAGCCGCCUGUUCGUUGAGAGUGCUGAGUACCGUGACAAGAUGUUUGAGCACCAUAUCCACGACCGGCCACUGAUCGUGCAGUUUUGUGGCAAUGAUCCGACGACUGUGUUAACAGCGGCCAAGAUGGUGGAGCGCCAUUGUGACGCCGUGGACCUGAAUCUGGGCUGUCCGCAGGGCAUCGCUCGCAAGGGCCACUAUGGAUCCUUUUUGAUGCAUGACAAGGGGACUGUCAAGUCUAUAGUGGAGACGCUGAGUGCUGGACUUGCUAUUCCCGUGACGGUCAAGAUCCGAGUCUUUCCAGAUGACAGGGAGACGCUGGAGUUUGCCCAGAUGUUGCAAGACGCUGGAUGUGAUCUACUGACGGUGCACGGCCGUACAAAAGAGAUGAACAAGACCGCAGUGGGCGCGAUCAACUGGGACAUUAUUCGACGCAUUAAGGAACGAUUGAGCAUUCCUGUGAUUGCAAACGGAGGAGUGGAGACCCAUGAGGACAUCGCGCGAUGUCUUGAGGCUACGGGUUGCGACGGCGUGAUGAGCUCUGAAGGAGUGCUGGAGAACCCGGCGCUAUUUGCGGACGGGAACAAUGCACCCGGGACAGACACGUCAUUUCUAGAGCUGGCGAGACAAUACCUUGAAUUUGCAACGCUGUAUCCACCCGCGAGUGAUAAAAUUGUGCGUGCACAUCUCUUCAAGAUUCUGUUCCAGGAUCUGCGUGUGCACUCGGACUUACGCGACGCGCUGGCAGCUGCAAAGUCGCAAGAGGAGAUGGUGCACAUUGUCGAUGAGCUUGCUGAGCGCUUGAAUAGAUCAGUAGACACGACUGCAGAGGGUGAUAUGAAGAAAGGUAUGAUAUACGCCGCCAAGACAAGUUGGUAUCGCCGCCACCGACAAGGCCAGGAGAAGCUUCGACGUCGCGACUCGUACGAAAAGUGUCUGGAUACCGGCUUUGGCAAUUUGUUUGGGUGA